ACGAGGGCGGUCGAGCUAAUGGACGUCUCCAGGCUUCUCCUGUCCAUCGUCAUGGUGAUGUCCACAUCUGAUGGGAUAUCAGGUACAUCAGAUUCUUCCUGCUUUCACAUGGACCAGGAUAAAUAUAAAGUUAUUGAAGGCGAAGCAUUUUAUUAUGUGCCCUUCGACAUGAAUGACCCCAACAUACCUGAUGAAAAUAUUACGUGGUACAGAAAUGUGGCUGAGAUUAAGUAUAUUACUGAGCUUGUGAAUAUCACCAAGAUUGUGAAUAUUACUGAGCUUGUGAAUAUUACUGAGCUUGUGAAUAUUACUGAGCUUGUGAAUAUUACUGAGCUUGUGAAUAUCACCAAGAUUGUGAAUAUUACUGAGCUUGUGAAUAUUACUGAGCUUGUGAAAAUCACCAAGAUUAUGAAAAUCACCACAGACGAGACACACAGGAUAUAUUACCAUGGAGGAACGCUGUUAUUCUUAAACAUCAGCGCUGAUGAUGCUGGUUAUUAUUUUGCCAGGCACAUUGAGCCAUCAGGUGAAUGUUUCUACUAUCAUCUGAAGAUCGAGGUCUUCAGUGAAACAAGCCGAGAGAAUCUGACCUAUGGAGCUAUCCGAAACUCUGCCCAGAACAUAAACAUUCCUUGUCCACAGCCUGUUAAAGACACAUGCAAAACAUUCAACGGGAACUUCACAUGGUUCAAGGGAAAGAAUCUGAUUCCUGGUAAACACAGAGAAAGCCUGUGGGUAAAUAAUGCAACAAAAGACGAUGAGGACAUCUACACCUGCAUAUGUACCUGGACUCACAACCACAAGCUGUACAACUCUUCUGGAUUCAGGAGACUUUUUGUUUUGAAAAGAGCCAUCUUUCGAAAUGCAACAAUUCUCUCUCCAACCAGCAAGGAGCAGUUGGCUGAUGAAGGCUCCAGCGUCAAGCUGAACUGCACUGUUUACUGUGGGAUUAAUGCAGAACGGGAUUGUAAGGCCACAUGGUGGGUUAAUGGAAACCCAGCGAAGCAGAUGGAUGGAUACAACGAGACCAGCACAUUAGACAUUGAGGUUCCUUCAAAGAGAACCUUCUCCACAGCAGUCCUGACCAUCCAAAGGGUUUCAGCAAAAGAUUUCCAGAAGGAGUUUAUGUGUCGCGGCUCAGGAUUUUAUUCAGGAAACUCUGUAACUUUAACUCUGAAGCAAAGAGAGUCCAUCAUUCCCUUCAGUAUAUUUAGAGGGUGUGUGUUUGUGAUUGUUGUGAUCGUCGCUGUACUGGUGAAAUAUUUUGCCAUUGACCUCGCUCUGUUGUUCAGGACCUGCUUCCCUUCAGAAAGAUGCAAUGAAGAUAUGAAGAUGUACGAUGCCUACGUUGUUUACCAGCCACAGAGCGUAGACAUGGAAAUAGAAAACCAACCGUUCAACUUUGUCACUGAGACUCUGCCCUCGGUUCUUGAAGACAAGUGUGGAUAUCGACUCUUCAUCCAGGGAAGAGACAACAUGCCGGGGGAAGAUCGCGUGGAGCUGGUGGAGAGCUGCAUUAAGCAGAGCAGGAGGCUGAUGGUCAUCCUGACACCAGGAUCAGGACCUGAGAUGAUGGAAAAUCCCACCUCAGACCAAACCUCAGCCAUUGGGUUUGACUGGCAGGUCGGGCUUCACCACGCGCUGCUGCAGAGGGAUAUGGGCGUGAUUCUGAUUCAGCUCGGAGAGAUGGGGCCGCAGGAUUAUGCACACCUUCCUCCAGGCCUGCAGCACCUGAUCCGUCAGAGCGCCCCCAUCAGGUGGCCGAAGGGCUCACGGGCAGCCUCCAAAUAUAACUCGCCCUUCUGGAAGAGAGUGCGAUACCUGAUGCCAGUCCGACCCGCCAGAAAACGAGAUUCAUCUGCCAUCAUCUAAAACCGCUGAGCUUUGAAAUGUGAACAUGGAAAAUUAAACUGAAAUCAUGGACA